GGUAUUCUCAUGGUGGGAGCUGAGACCAGGUGGUGGAUGGGCCGACCUUCGUUGACCGACUCGGACAAUGGAGUCUUGCUAAAAUCAUGAUCAGGAGGGUAGGCCGGCAACACCACAGCACAACCCUUUGUUUCAACACACAGAAUAGGUCUACCAUACCACUGGGAGUUCCCCACUGUACUGCUUGCGCAGGAGUUCCUGCAGUCUCUUUUGUCUGUAUCAAUAAACAUCCAUUGAAAGAGAUGAUGUUGUGUGGUGCUCGG